UCGCUUUCCUCAACUAGUCAUUAAUCGUUCUUUUGCAAUCAAUCCUAUACGCUUGCUAAUUUUUUUAAUAAAACUAUUAAUGUCUGUUUUUAAUUUAUUAUGAAGUUAAAUUUGUUUGUUAUUGAUUUUGUGAGUUUUUAUCUAACAACCUAAAUCGUUUGUAUUAUAUUAAUUUUUCUAUGCAAUAAAUCAAACGUUCCACGAUGGCUUCUGCCUUUGCCGAAAACAAACCAAACUUUGUUAAAGGAAUAGGAUGGUGGCUUGGUAGCAGCCUUUAAUUGAAAUAUCCAAUGAUACAUAGUACAUGAAUGGUCUUGUAUUCAAAAAUCCAUCUACUAAGGUUAGGAGACACGUUUCAUUAGUGAUUUAUCUUAUCGAGAGGCUAUUGAAAACUCAGUAAAUUAUAAUACUCGAUUAUGUAUAGAACGCAGAAUGAGAAUGCCAUUUUUAGAUACCCAAACUGGCGUGGCACAAACACAUUCAAGUCUUUUAAUGCAUGAACGACAACGAAUGCCUGGACUUAAUUCUGGACAAGUAUAUACGUAUCCUUCUAAAAGAUGGAGAAAAAAAAGAAGGCAAUAUUUGUUAAAUUCUUGUAAUAAUAAUUCAAUUAGUUCAUCUAUUUUUAAUUCUUCAAAACGUAAAGAAUCAGUUCUUAAUAGUGGAGGAGAAUCGGGUGAUACAAGUUCAUUUAAUAUUGAUUUACAUACUGGUGAUAGUCAAAAUGCUAUAUCUAAUAAUGAAGAUAGCAAAGACAGUCUUGGAACUAAUACAAAUUUAUCUAAAGAUGAUCAAACCAAUCAAAAUAGUUCAAAUAAUAAAGUUUCAGACCAAUGGUAUUAUGAUGAAUUUGAAAUGCAAGAAAUGGAAGGUUUUGAAGAGCCUGAUGCAGAUUCAGACUAUGAUUAUGAAGAAAGUUAUACUAAACGAAAAAAACGAAAAGGUAGUAAACCUGGUCGAAGUAAUACUAACAAUGAAGGAACAAGUGGCCGUCGUAGUGUUAAAGGCUCAGCAUCUGGACGAGGAAGAAAAAAAGGAAUGAGUGGAUUUAUUGAUCUUCAAGACCCUGAUAAACCUUAUGCUUGUGACCUAUGUGGAGCUCGUUACAAGACCCGUCCAGGUCUAACUUAUCAUUACACCCAUUCACACAAGGAUAAACCUGCUGACAAUGUACCUGCAGUAGAUGAAGAAGCCAGUCAAGAGGGAGGUUUAAUAUCAAACCCUGUGUCUCCACAAACAAAUCAAUAUGAUCAUCAACAAACUACAACAGGUUGGACCAAAUUCCAGGACAGUUAUGUCACUUUUCUUAAUACCCCUGGUCCAUCAACUAGCAGUAAUAAUAGUUCUUCUACAACAUCUCCUGCUCCCCAUUCAAAGCGUAUGUCAGCCAGAAUGACGCAAAAUAUUCAAAAUACCUCACCUGUUGUUUUAUUAAAUGAAAAUGAUGUAUCUACUAGUGCUACAACUUCGACAUUUUCACCUGUUUCCACGCCACACAAAGCUAAUAAACCUAUUCCGAGAGAAGGCUGUGGCAAAGGAAAAUCAGGAGGUAAUAAUAAAUCAAUCAACCCAUCACCUUAUUGUGACUUUUGCCUAGGUGAUUCUGUAUCCAAUAAAUCAGGUCAACCAGAAAUAUUAAUUUCUUGCUCAGAUUGUGGUCGUUCAGGGCAUCCUACUUGUCUUCAGUUUACGGCCAAUAUGAUAAUUUCAGUUGGUAAAUAUCGCUGGCAAUGUAUUGAAUGUAAAUGUUGUUCUAUUUGUGGAACAUCAGAUAAUGAUGAUCAACUAUUGUUUUGUGAUGAUUGUGAUCGUGGUUAUCAUGUAUACUGUUUGACACCACCUCUUACUUCUCCACCAGAAGGUUGCUGGAGUUGCCAGUUGUGUGUAAAAGAGUUUCACUCAAAUUAAGUUUUAUUAUUAAUAUUUACUUUAAGUAACAUACCAUAAUAUAAUCCUAUUUCUACCAAUGGUUAUGAAAUUAUCUUAGGAGCACUAACCAAAAAUUGUUAGUAAGAUACAUUUUUUAUAUGUUUAAAUGAGCCAUGGAUGUAGAUUUUUAGGGGUAUUCAGUAUUAUAAUAUAUUUUAGUGUAACUUUUUUGUACUUUUUUUAACUUUUGAUUUGCCAAAUUUUGCUUCUAUGUAUGCAGUAUUGUAAUUGUUAAUUUUUAUCUAUUUGAAUUAUUAAGAAAAAUUUUGACAUAAAACAAUUUUUUUUUAUUAUUAUUGUAUUAGUGUAAUUUUUUUGUUUAUUACAAACUUUUCAUGUUAUAUUUAUAGACGUGUGAUGUGUGUUUUACUGA